AUGGAGUUUGUAGGUGGGAAUUACACCUUGGUGACUGAAUUUGUCCUAUUAGGCUUUCCAACGCGUCCUGAACUGCAGAUUGUUCUAUUCCUGGUAUUUCUGUUGUUGUAUGGUGUGAUACUAAUGGGAACUAUUGGACUGAUCCUGUUAAUCAGAGCAGAUCCUCACCUUCAAACCCCCAUGUACUUUUUCCUUAGCAACCUCUCCCUUGUUGACCUUUGCUACUCUUCAGUCAUUAUUCCCAAAAUGCUAAUCGAUUUCCUGUCAGAGAACAAAACUAUUUCCUAUCACGGGUGUGCUCUGCAGUUUUAUUUUUUCUGCACUUUUGCAGAUACAGAAUCCUUCAUCUUAGCUGCCAUGGCAUAUGACCGGUAUGUGGCCAUCUGUAACCCUUUACUGUACACGGCUGUGAUGUCUCGAAGCAUCUGUGUGUGGUUGAUUGUCUUGUCAUAUUUUGGAGGCAACAUGAGCUCCCUAGUCCAUACCUCCUUUGCUUUUAUUCUGAAAUACUGUGACAAAAAUGUUAUUAAUCACUUUUUUUGCGACCUCCCACCUCUGCUGAAGCUGUCCUGCACAGACACAUCGCUUAAUGAAUUGCUCCUCUCCACCUACGGCAGCUCAGUGGAAGUCAUUUGUUUCAUCAUCGUCGUCGUCUCCUACUUUUUUAUUCUUCUCUCAGUCUUAAAGAUCCGCUCCACCAGUGGGAGGAAAACAACCUUCUCCACGUGUGCCUCUCAUUUGACACCAGUGGCCAGCUGUCAGGGGACUCUGCUCUUCAUUUACUCACGACCCAGCUACCUCUAUUCUCCCAGCACUGAUAAAAUCGUCUCAGUGUUCUGUACCAUUAUCAUCCCCGUACUAAAUCCUCUCAUUUACAGCUUGAGAAAUAAAGAUGUCAAGGAUGCAGCUAAAAAAGCUCUAGGAUCAAAGGUAGAUUCCGCAUGA